AAGAGGUAGAGCUGCUGGUUGACACCGUAUCAUGGCGCAAGUUGCCGAUGAGUUCAGCGAAGCGAUGGAAAAUCUGGAGGAUGUUCACGAGCUACAGGAUAAAGACCCUGAGCCGGAUGUACAUGGUCAGGGCGGGUAUCGGUUCGAUUCACCGGAACAUCAACAGCAGCUCAAGGAGCAAAGGGCGAGUAUGGGCUCGGCGGUUCCUUUCCAACAACGAAACCCUGCGUCGAUACGCCCAUCUUACUCCUUGCGUUUCUCUGCAUGAUUCUAUCUUUCUGGAGCAGGCGCAACUAUGGAACUGGUUAAAGAGGAUGGGCAGCCACAUUUUCAAGGAGGGUAUUAAUUUGACCAAGAUUUCCUUGCCGGUCUGUCUUUUUGAGCCUCGAUCAUUUUUGGAGCGCCUAACCACCAACUGGGAAUACAACUCGCUGCUGGUGGCCGCCGCGCGCUGCACGGACCCAGCGGACCGGUUACGGUUCAUUGUGGCCUUUGCGAUUUCCGGUCUUUGCCGCCAAGUCUCAUUUCACAAGCCCUUCAAUCCCAUUUUGGGGGAGACGUACCAGGCGGUGUACCCAAAUGGCAUCGAGGUGUACUGCGAGCAGAUUAGUCACCACCCGCCCAUUAGCAGCUGGGAGGUCUACGAGCCAAGCGGAAAGUUUGUGUUUCACGGCAACGGGAACUGGGUCGCCGGCAUCAAGGGCAACAACGUCAAGGGACGUCAGACGGGCAUCAAUUGCGUGCGCUUCGCCAGCGACGACGCCGUCGUGGAGUACGAGUUGCCGGGGUUGCAAGUCAAGGGUGUGUUGUGGGGCGUGCGCGUUCUCAAGUAUAGCGGCCAGAUGGUGUUCAAGGACAAGAAAAAUGGCCUGCAGGCCGUAAUUGACGUGGACCCUCCAGCACCCAGCGCCGGCUUCCUUUCGGGCUGGUUUCGUGCCAAGAAGGGACCGCCACACAAGCCGGACCAAGUGUUUGGGCGGCUCAUGCAGGGCGACACGGUGUUGGACACGUGUCACGGGUCUUGGCUGCACUACCUGGAGUGGGACAAGGGUUUGUCGCCGGCGGCCGCCCCCCUGGAUAACCCGCUACCCAGCGACUGCCGACACCGUGAGGAUGUGGUGUACCUGAAGGCGGGAGAUCAGGUUCAAUCUCAGGACUGGAAGCAGACAUUGGAGGAGCAGCAGCGCAGGGACCGCAAGCUCCGGAAAGAGGGUGGCUGCGCCUUUGAUCACUGA